AUGGGCAGGACAUUGCAACUAAUCGCAAACUUACAGCUUUCGCUUGCCCACUACUGUGAUAUCCAUGGCCCAACUCCGUUAAUGGUGACCGAGGGCUUGCCCACCUCAUGCAACGUCUGCUAUGACGACUUCACAGUCAAUGUCGAUUCCUCACAACGGCCCACGGCUUCUCAAAACUCAAGGGCAAUCACCAAGGCACUGCAUGAUCUCGCUAUCCGCGAUGCCCACGCCGCUGGCGCUCCUGGGGUUGAACAGGGGAAACAGGCACAGCACCGCCCUGCCUCUCACCGGACCCUGGGUCUUAAAACAGACAGCAGGGCAACCACGAUGAUAGAUACGCCUCCAGGAAGCCCACACCAACCCCAGCAACAGUCCCGCCUUGACUCGAGCUUCCGCCGGACAUACGACGAUACAGUAACGAAAAAGCAAGGACCUUGCGAUAACUGCGCAAUGACCUUGCCCCGCCGAUCUGCGAGUGAUCCUGGAAACGUGGAUGCCUCGAUAAAUACGAAAGGACCAACGCUCAGAACGCGAGCUCCUGCUGAACGGGUCUUUGGCGCGGGCGGCCAGCAAUCACCUCCCAACUCUCAAUCGUCUAGCGAUACAGAUGGGGAGCGAGAGGCGUCACGACGGCCUAGGCAUAGAAAGGCGGUUCCAUCAAACUCGAGAACUACCUCGUGCUCGAGCAAUUCGAUGGCGUCAGAGGCAGCACCGUUCCAUGUUCACUAUGUCAAUUAUACUUCUACACAUGAACCGGUUCUCCCCAACUCCUUCUCACUUCUACGCUCCUCGUGCCUACGAACCCUGUCGUUCGAGACAUUGCCCAGACCGCCCACGACUGCUGCGCCAGCCACGUCAGUUCAACCCGACGCAUCAUCAGCUUUUGUGACGACCCAGAGCGCCGGCUCGGCCGCAUCCGGUGGUCCAAUUUUUUUCGGAGACGUGCACACUGGAUACACAACCGCCUACAUUUUUCGAAUUCCAGACGUACAUGCUCGAGGCCACAAGCGAGUGUACGCGUUUAUUGCUCUCAGCACCCACAAGGAGCGCCUCGCCAUGAAGACGUUUGCCAUCAUCUCGGCGGCCUUUCGGGAGUUCGCAACCUGGAUUCAACAACUCGCAGAAGCCGAGGCUGAACGUACAGCUGAGACCAGCUCCGGUAGUAGUACUUUCUAUAGUUCCGGUGCCGGUGGCCUGUCUCAACCAACAGCCUCGGCUUUCGACCCCCCAGCCCCAGGAGACCGCGGUAGCAGUUUCCUUACCGGUGGUGGGGGUUUCACAAGACGAAUGGGAGGUGGAGGUAGUGCAGCUGCUCCAAAAGCACGUGGCCUCGCCGACCUGGUGGGACAGCCUGACUUCUUUAUCGAAUUACACAGGAAAUUUGUCCAACUUCUGUUCGAAGUUGGCGUCACGCUAAAUGCAUAA